AUCGAGCGGGAGGAGCCGGGGCCGGGCGGGACGAACCAGGACAGAGCGGGAGGAGCCAGAACCAGGCGGGAGGAGCCAGAACCGGGCGCAGGCGCCGCUCCGGCAUCCGCUGCUCGGCCGGGCCUGACGGCUGUCCCCUGGCACUGUGCCCCAUGGAUGGCGUUUUCCUGUCGCCCAGCGAGGAUGAGUUCGUGGGCAGGAUCGUGGAGGAGCUGGAGCACUUCCUGGAGCAGGGCCAGCACCACCGAGUGCUGCUGUUCCCACCCCUGUCCAGCCGCCUCAGGUACCUGAUCCACCGCACCGUGGAGAGCAUGGAGCUGCUGAGCAGCUUCUCGGUGGGAGAGGGCUGGAGGAGGAGGACAGUCAUCUGUCACUCGGCUGUCAGGCUUCCCACCGAGACCUCGAGCGAGCAGAGAGCCGGGACCGCCCCCGCCCGUGCGCAGCGCCCGGCGCAGCCCUGGGGCCGGGGGGGCCGGGGGGCCCGGCCACGCCACCCCGGGGACACCCACGGGGACAGUCCCCGUGCCACCGUGGGCUCGGGCAGGAUCACCAGGCCGCCCCGGAGGAAGCCGGAGAGAGCCCUGUACGUGCCCAGGGGGAGCCGCAAAAAGGAGAACUGGAGGGAGAGGGAGAGCCCCGGGGACGGGGCCGCGGCUCCAGGAGGUGAAAACUGCCCCAGGAAUUCCAGCCGGGAGCAGCAGGACCAGGGCAGGGCUGGAGGCGGCCCUGGGAAGCAGCAGGAGCCCGAGGGUGGCCCGGGAAAAGGCAGCGCUGGGAAUGUGCCACCCCUGGGGAAUGGCAGCGGUUCCUGGGAGCAGCAGGGUCGGGGUGGAGACUGUGCCCAGUGCCCGGGGUCUGCACAUGGCAAACAGCCCCCCGAGGCUGGGCAGCAGCUGAGCCAGGGCAGUGCCAUCGUUCUGAGCCCUGGCAGUGCCAUCGAUCCUGGGCAGGAGCCGAGCCCUGGCAGUGCCAUUGAUCCUGGGCAGGAGGAGCUGAGCCCUGGCAGUGCCAUCGUUCUGAGCCCUGGCAGUGCCAUCGUUCUGAGCCCUGGCAGUGCCAUCGAUCUGAGCCCUGGCAGUGCCAUCGAUCCAGAACAGAAGCCAAGCCCCGGCAGUGCCAUUGAUCCAGGGCAGGAGCCAAGCCAGGGCAGUGCCAUCAAUCCAGGGCAGGAGGAGCUGAGCCCUGGCAGUGCCAUUGAUCCAGGGCAGGAGCUGAGCCCUGGCAGUGCCAUUGAUCCAGGGCAGGAGCUGAGCCCUGGCAGUGCCAUCGUUCUGAGCCCUGGCAGUGCCAUCGUUCCAGAGGGCAGUGAGCUCCAGGAGCUGCAGGAGGAGAAGGAAUCCAGCCGGGAUCCCGGAGGGGCAGAGUGUGGGAGGAGCUCUGUGCCAUUGGAGAACCAGGGGGGCAGCAGGACAGCCCUGCCCGUGCCAGCCCCAGCUGUGCCAGCCCCAGCUGUGCCAGCCCCAGGUGUGACAGACCUGCUUGUGACCAACCCAGCUGUGACAGACCCAGCCAUGACAGACCAACCUGUGCCAGCCCCAGCUGUGCCAGCCCCCCCGGCGCUGCCAUCCCAGCCCCCCCAGAGCAGCCAGGCUCCCCGUGCCCAGCAGGAUUCCCAGGCUGUGCCCACCCAGGGCAGCCCCAGCGCUGGGCAGGUGGAGCUGAAACCCCCGCAGAAGGUUCUGGAAGGCCCAGCCGAGGCUCUGGCUGCCUCUGAGCUGCUCCCAGGGGGAGAUCCGGGGCGGAUCCACGGCGGGAAGGAGGAGGAGGAGGAGGAGGAAGGCUCGGGAGUGGCCGAGGCGCUGCGGAGGGGACAGGAUGUGGCUGCAGGGGACAGAGAGGGGACGAGGCAGAGCGGCCUCGAGGACGACUGCACGGCAGAGCUGCUGGCAGAGAUCGUUGGGAACCUGACGGUGAAGGAGAUCAGCGUGGAGAGGAUCAGCGUGGAUGGCUCUGGCUGCGGGGAGGGCCAGCUCAGCCAGGGCCACCUGGGCCACGUCACCGAGAUCUACGACUUCGCGCCCAGCCUGCGCACCGAGGACCUGCUGGGCAUCUUCUCUGAGUUCCACGAGGGCGGGUUCAGGAUCCAGUGGGUGGAUGAGACUCACGCCCUGGGCAUCUUCAGCAGCCUCUCCUCAGCCUCGCAGGCCCUGGCCCGGCGCUACCCCUGCCUGAAGCUGCGGCCGCUGCUCCACGCCAGCCCCCAGGCCAGGCUCAAGGCCCUGCAGAGACCCAAGCUGCUGCAGGUGGGCAAGGAGAGGCCGCAGACGGACUCGGCCGUGGCCAGGAGAAUCGUGUCCCACGCCCUGGGCUGGAGGCAGCGGCAGCAGGAGCCCCCAGGCAGUGAAGAAUUCCAGGCAGAAUCCUUGGAAUGAUCCCAAAAAACCCCCCCAGGGGAAUUCCUGCGGAGCAGGGGGGGGCUGCAGGGACGUUGGGAAUGGGAAUUCUUGAUUUUUUUGGGGGUUUUUGUGGAGCCCUGGGAGUGCUGGAAUUUCAGGAACCAGGGGGGGUUCCUUCAUUCCCUAUUCCUGCUCUGCUUCCCAAGCCAAACCAGGCAUGGAUGAGGGAAUUGGGAUUUUUUUGGGACCAAAAUUCCCAGGGCAAGGCGGGAGUUGAGGGAUCUGUUCCGAGUUUGUUGUGGUGUUGCUGUUCAGAGAUCCCAGGAAAAUGACAGGCAGCAAAUCCAAGUUCUGGGGAAUUCUUUCCUUAUUGGCAGAGCUCCAAAUCCCUGUUGGUGAGGAAAGUUGGGAUCUGCUCAUGAGGGAAAUAAAAAAACCUCUGGAAUUUGCCUGUGCUGGGUUCAAAGUGAGCUCCCAACCCCAUUCCAGGCUCUGCUCCUGCUCCAGUCUGGAAUUCUGAGGGAAAACUGGAAUUUUCCAAUUGCCAGGAGUUCCAACCCUUGGCCAGCCGCCCUCUGGAGCACCGGAGGAACGACAAAGAUUGGAAAUAUUCCUGCAGUUUGGGGAUUUGGGGGAAGUUUGGGAUUCCCUGGAAUUCCAGGUGACUCUGAUUGCAGGAGAGGGGGGAAAACCCCCAAACUUCCAGAAAUGGUGAGGAGAAAAUCCACCCAGGGCUCCUGAAGUGAUUUAUUUUUGUUGUUUUCCCUGGGAAAAGGGUUUUAUUGGAGCUCUGUAGCAAAGAGAACCGGGAAUUCCCACGGGAGCAGAUCCCUGGGGGUGAGGGGCAGGAAUUCCCUCUGCAGGGGGCACAAGGAUCAUCCAUCCUUGGGAAAAAAGAUGGAAUUUCCAGGCAGGAGGGGAUUCUUGGAUGGGCACGGCAGCUGGAGGGUGGAGGAGUCCUGAGGGAUGGGAAUUCCCAGCCUGGGAAUUCAUCCCUGGGAAUCUGCUGAGUUCUGGGACACUUCAGGGAGCUCGGGUUCCCUGGGAGAUUCCAUGUGAAAUUGAAAUUCCCAGUGAAAUUCUCUUUGAAAUUAAAAUUCCCUGUGAGGAUUCUAUAUGAAAUUCCCUGUGAAAUUGAAAUUCCAUAUGAAAUUCCCUGUGAAAUUGAAAUUCCAUAUUAAAUUCCCUGUGGAAUUCUCUUUGAAAUUGAAAUUCCAUAUUAAAUUCCCUGUGAAGUUGAAAUUCUAUAUGAGAUUCCCUGUGGAAUUCCCAGUGGAAUUCCCAGUGGAAUUCCCUGUGGAAUUCCCUGUGGGAUUCCCUGUGGAAUUCCCUGUGAGAUUGAGAUUCCCUGUGAGAUUCCCAGUGGGAUUCCCAGUGAAGUUGAAAUUCCCUGUGGGAUUCCCAGUGAGAUUCCCUGUGGGAUUCCCUGUGAAAUUGAAAUUCCCAGUGGGAUUCCCAGUGGGAUUCCCUGUGGAAUUCCCUGUGAGAUUGAGAUUCCCUGUGGGAUUCCCAGUGGGAUUCCCAGUGGGAUUCCCUGUGGGAUUCCCUGUGGAAUUCCCUGUGAGAUUGAGAUUCCCUGUGGAAUUCCCAGUGGAAUUCCCAGUGGAAUUCCCUGUGAAAUUGAAAUUCCCUGUGGAUUCCCUGUGGAAUUCCCUGUGAGAUUGAGAUUCCCUGUGAGAUUCCCAGUGGGAUUCCCAGUGAAGUUGAAAUUCCCUGUGAGAUUCCCUGUGGGAUUCCCAGUGGGAUUCCUCAUUCCACGUUCUCUCCCCUCCGGGCCGUGGCCGUUGCCGGAUACGAGGUUUCACUGCAGGAUUAAAUUCCGCUUUUGGCUGUUCUGCUCCUUC